AGGAGGCAUCUUUCUCCAAUCUGUGUAAUUCUACUGUUGUUUCUCUCAUUUGUAAUUCCUUCUUGAGGUUUGCUGCAGACUCUCUUCUUAGCAUUUCUCAGUAUGAGACUUCAGCUUUAGGGUUUAAGACGGUUAGAUGCCCUGAGCGAGUCCCUGGGACUUAACUGGUCAAGAAUCAACCAAGCAAACCAAGCCUUUAUAUGUUUUCCUCUUCACUUGCCUAUUUUCAUGCUUUUAUUUCCAUCUAUUUCACUCCAUAAAACUCUCAACACCACCAACAUCAUCUCUUCCAAUCCCCCAAAACAACCAUUUCUUUCAUCACUAACCAUGGAAGAUCAUGAAUUACCAAAUCGACUGAGCAGCGUAAGCCCGGAAAGCCCUCCCUUAAAGAACAGCAACAGCAGCAGCAGCCACUCCAACUACAAUCACCACCACAACAACAAAGAGCAAGAUCGGUUUCUUCCGAUAGCAAACGUCGGACGGAUUAUGAAGAAAAUGAUUCCUGAUAAAGGAAAAAUAGCUAAAGAUGCCAAAGAGACUGUUCAAGAAUGUGUCUCUGAGUUCAUUAGCUUCGUUACCGGAGAAGCAUCGGAUAAAUGUCAGAGAGAGAAGAGGAAGACCAUCAAUGGCGACGAUAUUAUUUGGGCGAUUACAACGUUAGGGUUUGAAGAUUACGUCGGUCCACUCAAAUUGUAUCUCAACAAGUAUAGGGAGAUUGAAGGGGAGAAACUUAACAUUCCUAAGCAACACAGAACAGAGCAACAAAGGCAACAGCAGCAACAAGAACAGCAAGACCAAAAUAUGGUUUAUAGUAAUGUAUAUUCUACAACAAAUCUCAUGUCUCAACCACCUUUUGAUCAGACAUUUUCCUUGCCUUUCUCGCCGAAUUCAAUUCAGAAACAGUUACAGCAACCAGACCAAAUUGAUUCAGUAGGGCAUUGGUAAGGGGAAAAAAAAAAAGAGAAGACUACUUUUCUCCUCCAAAUUACUAGAUAUUUCAAUGUAAUGUGAAUGUAAACUAUACAUAUAUACAUGUUUGAUGACACCUGUAAGAAUUUUAAAAAAAUUUAAGAGUAUAAAAGUUGCUGAUAAUUCACAUUCUCUAAUCUCUAUUCAUUCAUAAUGACAUUUCAUAUUUAUACCAAUAUGCAACAGCU